AGAAAAUUAUUUAGAAAUUGUUUAGUAUAAAGAUCCCCAUAGACAUGGAACUAAAAUUCAUUAUUUUUACUGGAUUUUUGUUGUUUACCAUAGUUUCAAAUACAUCGGCCGAUGAAGAAAAGAAAAAACUAAAAUUGGUGCUAGACAAGUUGGAUAAAGUCAAGGAUGCUGAACAUAUAUUAAAAACGGAUAUAACUUUUGAUAAAGUCGGAGAAGAUGAGGUCAAGAUCAAUGGUCAAGUUGAGCAGUCCGUAGAUUUGGAUGAUGAAUAUAAGAUAAAUAUGGAUGUUUUCCAUUGCUCCGAAGAAGAUGGCGAGUUUAAGAAAGUAAUUGGAGUGGCUAAUGUCGGUGUCUGUCAAGUCAUGGCAAAUCAAUAUAAAAAAUAUUUCUAUGACUCGUUGAAAAAUCAUUCCAACGCUCCUGAUCCUGACAAAUGUCCGGUUACACAGGAAACCUAUGUUAUAAAGGAUUAUCCUCUAGACUCAAGCAAAUUUCAGAAAUUCUUACGGCCGGGAUUUUAUAAAAUUUUAGUUUCUUUAAUUCACCAGGAAGAGGAAGUCUUACAAUAUACAAUCGAAGGUCAUACAGAAGAUGAGUAACUUUUUAGGAGUUUUUUAUUAUUUAUAUUUGCAAAAAAAAAUCAAAUAAAAAGUCGACCACACCAUAAAGAAGUGAA